AUGGCGCUCGACGAGUACUACCGCAACAAGAUCGAGGCGAUGAAGCUGGAGAUCCUCAAGGGCCAGGCCGCCCUCCGCCGUCUCGAGGCCCAACGCAACGACUACAAUUCCCGUGUCCGGUUACUGAGAGAGGAGCUGGGCCUGCUGCAGCAACCUGGGUCCUACGUCGGAGAGGUGGUCAAAGUGAUGAGCACCAAGAAGGUGCUUGUCAAGGUACAUCCCGAGGGCAAAUAUGUUGUUGAUGUCUCCGAUAACGUCGAAAUCUCCAAGCUCACCCCCGGAAAGAGAGUCACACUCUUGUCAGACAGCUACAAGCUCGAGAAGAUGCUGCCGUCAUCGGUCGAUCCCCUGGUAUCGCUCAUGAUGGUAGAAAAGGUCCCCGACAGCACAUACGACAUGAUUGGUGGGUUGGAUCAGCAGAUCAAGGAGAUUAAAGAAGUCAUCGAGCUGGGUCUUAAGCACCCCGAGCUCUUCGAGUCUCUCGGUAUAGCCCAGCCCAAGGGUGUCUUGCUGUAUGGGCCGCCCGGUACGGGCAAGACGCUGCUUGCCAGAGCCGUGGCUCACCACACGGCCUGCAAGUUCAUCAGAGUCUCUGGUUCCGAGUUGGUGCAAAAGUACAUUGGCGAGGGUAGCCGAAUGGUCCGAGAGCUGUUCAUCAUGGCCCGAGAGCACGCCCCGUCAAUCAUCUUCAUGGACGAAAUCGACAGCAUUGGUUCCUCCCGAGUGGAGGGCUCCUCAGGCGGAGACUCCGAGGUGCAGCGAACCAUGUUGGAGCUGCUGAACCAGCUUGAUGGUUUCGAGCCCACCAAGAACAUCAAGGUCAUCAUGGCCACGAAUCGUCUCGACAUCCUAGACCCGGCCCUGCUGCGACCCGGACGUAUCGACCGCAAGAUCGAAUUCCCCCCGCCGAGCAUCGAAGCGCGAGCCGACAUUCUCCGAAUCCACAGCCGCAAGAUGAACCUGACCAGAGGCAUCAAUCUGACCAAGAUUGCGGAGAAGAUGAACGGCUGCUCCGGAGCCGAGCUCAAGGGUGUGUGUACAGAAGCGGGCAUGUAUGCCCUCCGCGAGAGGAGAGUUCACGUCACACAAGAGGACUUUGAACUGGCAACUGCCAAGAUUCUCAACAAGCAUGAUGAUAAGGAGGUUUCCCUCGGCAAGCUGUGGAAGUAA